UUCUUUAAAAUUUUCUUCCUUUCUUCCUUUUUUUAGUGGUUUGCCUCUAAUGGUUAUCAUCCACAAGUCUUGGUGUGGAGCUUGCAAAGCUUUAAAGCCAAAGUUUGCUGAAUCCAAGGAGAUCUCUGAACUUGCCCAUAAUUUUGUUAUGGUCAACCUUGAGGAUGAUGAAGAGCCAAAGGAUGAAGCCUUUAGUCCUGAUGGGGGUUACAUUCCCAGAAUCCUUUUCAUGGACCCCAGUGGAAAAGUCCACCCAGAAAUCAUAAAUGAGAAAGGAAACCCCAGCUACAAGUAUUUCUAUACCAAUGCUGAUCAAGUUAUCCAAGGGAUGAAAGAAGCCCAGGAGAAGCUAACAGGUGAUGCUUUCAAACAAAAACACCUGGGAGAUGAACUAUAAUGAAUACACUGAACAAUGCUUUUUCAUCACUUCAAAACUCUAAAAGGAAAUGAUUAAACAGACCAAGAAUGUAGAUGCACUGGAGGGACAUAAUUCUCCUGUCAACAAUGUUAGGUUAAACCCUGUUUGGAGUUCACACACAUGCAUCAAUUACAGCGUUAUCUCCUCCUCUGCCUGGCAGUUUGUACUGUCAUGGUUAUUUGCAACUAAGUCAUGUGCAAACACAUCAGUUUGUGUGUUUGAGCAACCACUAAUAUUUGGUGUGAAAAGGGAGGUGUGUAGGGCAAAAUGUUGAUUUGAGGACAAACAAUGUAAUUGGAAUAACCAGCAGUAGCUGACAUUUUGACACUUAAUCCGGGUUGGAUCCCUCUUUUCUCACUGGUAUUGUGUGAUCCCAUUGUUUUUACUGGGGAUUCAUAUGAAUGGGGCAUGUUCCUGGGCCAGGCGUUUUUUUGACCUCCCAAACCAUUAGUUCUGCCACUAAACCAAGCAGAAUACAUUUCAUGAAUGUCCAAGUAGCAUGUGAAAUUAUUAGCUCUGGAAACAUAUUUUUGUGUAAAACUGUGUGUGAUUCAUCUUUAUUUGCCUUUGGGCAGAAAUUUAACUUUUUCCUUGUGCACUCACCUUUUCAUUGUUUUAUCAAGUGAGGGUGGGUCAUGUUGAAGCUUUAUGGGGGUUCCCCUUUUAUUCUUUGAAUGUUUUAUGGCGAAUGCCUUGCCAUCACAUUGUACUGUAUUUUUGUACCAGGGUGAAAAUUAAACCUUUUUAAACAUAAGUAUGCAGACAGUGUUUUGUGGUUAAGGGCAUAGCUUUCCAUUCUUGAGGGUGGGGGAAUAUAUUUCUGUUUGUGUUGCAGUGGUUAUUAAUGUUGAGUGUCACAGGUGAAGAAGGUUUCUCCUUUUUAUAAUUAAAACCCAACAGUUUCUUU